AUAUGAAUAUUUUCUUUUAUAUUUUACCUUUAUCAUUUCAUAUCAUUCAAUCUUCAGCAUCUAAAGGAUGUCUGGAAUUAGAUGAGCUGAUAUUCGAUAAAAUUGUAAGACGCUUUAAGUACGUUUUGGUAAAAUUUGAUGUAGCGUUUCCAUACGGAGAUAACCAUGAAGCAUUUACUGGAUUAGCUUUAGAUGCUCAUGACAUAGAUGAUUUACUUUUUGCAUUGGUGAGCAUUAAAGAUUACGGCGACAAGGAAAAUACUGCCUUAGGCCAGCGGUUCAACAUUCCGAAGAAGUAUCCAGUAAUAACAUUAUUUAAUAACUCCUCAUUGAGCAGCUUCAAGAUUUUUCCAUAUGAAGAUAAGGUGACGGUAGAUAACCUUAGGAAAUUUGUCAAUUCACAUACCGACUUAUAUAUUAGUUUACCAGGUUGUUUAAAAGAAAUCGAUGAACUGGCUAUUAUGUUUGGAUCAGUAGGAAAUUCGAAAGAAGCGAAUGACAUUAUUGUUGAAGUUAUGAAAAAGGAGCAUUUGUAUAGUACCGAAAAAACGCAAUUCUCCUUCAACCUAUAUCUAAUGCUAAUGAAAAAAAUGACUCAAGUAAAAGAGACCGUAGCACAAUUUAUUGAUACUGAGAAAACUCGCGUUCGAAAACUGCUUACAGAAAAGAUAAGCGCUAAUAAGAAAAACGAACUUAACAUAAAGCUAAAUAUAAUGGAAUCAUUUUUAAAACAUUCACAUGUAGUCAAUAAUGUUCCUAGUGACGAAUUAUAAACACACCUGUUGACAUUUGCUUGAAUUCCAAUACAUAACACGACACGUUUCAGAAUCAAAUGAAAAUUGGUGGGUUUGAAGACUGUCUAAUUAAAAAAACUUCGCAUACUU